AUGUCCAUUAGAGAAGGAAGUAUCCCCUUUGACAUUUCCAAUGUGCGAGAGAAAUGUUUCACGUGGUACAGAGCGAUUGGCAACAUCAACAAGACACCACCGCUGAUCUUAGUACACGGAGGUCCGGGCGCUGGCUCCGACUACCAUCUCCAUCUUACAAAGCCACUCGAAGCUACAAGCAUUCCUUACAUCUUCUACAACCAGGUUAGCUGCUCACACUCAUCUCUCAUCCGCGAGAGAGCUGAAGACAAGAGUUUCUGGGGCUUUGAUGUGUUCUGUGCUGAGCUCGACAAUCUCGUGGACCACUUCGAGCUGCAAAAAGUUGGAUUCUCUAUCUACGGCCACAGCUGA